AUGCCGCUCAUCCGAGCGGCGGACCCCGGUGAGGCAACAUCCUCACUAAAACUGUCAUGCUUACGUCAGGAUGACACUGAAGAGAUGCUCUAUGAAGGAAGCUUGAACGGCAUUCCCGUAGCUGUCAAUGUGAACUCGGGAGCAUCUCACGUUUUUAUGUUUCUCGACACUGCGAGAUAUUGCGGCCUGGACCUCGAAGAGGAUAGGUCAGAAGUGAAGCUCGGUGAUAGCUCAAAAACUACAGUACAAGGUACAGUGACUGCUGAAUUGCAGGUAUCCGGUGCCUUCUCUACAGAACGGAUAUAUGUACUACAGGGACCCGAUAACCAUGCUGCACACACUGUGAUAGUGGGAAGGAACUGGCUUCGGAGACACGAACCUCUAAUCAACUGGAGAACGAGAGAACUGAACUUGAAAAGAGAGGAUGGUAAGACGUAUCUUGUUGGCCCAAAAUCAUACAGUAACGUGAGAGAAAAGAUCCAAAUCAGUCACACAUCCCUGAAAAAAAUGAAGAAAAUGGAGUUAACGGAUAUUACCGAGCAGUUCAAAGAAACAUUGGUUAACGAACUGCCAAGUCAACUACCCCGAAAGAGGGACGUCGAUUUCGAAAUUAAGCUGAAGUCUGAUGAGCCUCCUCCAGUACGGCCAGUCAUUAGUUUAUCAGUAGAUGAACUCAAGGAAUUGAAGAAACAACUCCAAAAGCUGUUACAAAAGGGCUUAUUCGCCCGAGCCUACCAUCAAAUGCGAAUAAGAGAAGAAGACUGUGAAAAACCCGACAUUCGAACACGAUUUGGAUCAUUCGAGUGGAGAGUGCUGUGUUUUGGAUUAACAAACGCUCCGGCUCCAUUCAAUCUAUUAUUCUUGGAUGAUGUACUUCUCUAUAGCAAGUCCAUACAAGAGCAUCGUCAAAAAUUGCGCAUCCUUGAAGUAGACUUCCUAGGGUAUCGAAUAAUUCGAGAAGGAGUGCAUACGCAAAAAAGAAUCAUCAAUGCAAUUACAGAAUGGCCAGAGCCGUCAAGUAUCAAGGAACAGGAUGGGCAUCCCGUAUCGUUCAUGUCCCACCGUCCAUCCGAAGCAGAGAACAACUGGGAUACAGGAGAUCAAGAGCUGCUGGGAUUCAUUGUGGCCCUUAGAGAAUGGGAUGUAUACCUCAGGGGAAGAAAAUUUGAGUUCCACAAGGAUCACGAACCUAUUAGAUACUUACAGUCAAAAGCCAGACUAAUUGGACGAAAGGAAAGAUGGUUGGACGAACUUCAGUCGUAUGACUACGACGUAAUUCAUAUCCCUGGGAAGCAAAAUGUGGUUGCGGAUGCACUGAGCCGACGCUCGGACCACAUUCAACUAAAGGCCAUCCGAAUCAAUAAUGGAGACUUACACAGACGCAUCAUAUCAGGAUACACGAGAGACGAGUGGUCACAAACGAUCAUCAAUUCCCUAAGAGGGAGCCCGAGCAAUGGAGAUUCUCGAUAUACACGGAGGAUAUCAUUGAAUACGUAUUCAAUGAUAUCCUCCCUUAAGGAGUACUUUCACGGACAAGCCCAUCUUGGAAAGGAAAAGGUCUUCAAAUCGGUGGCAGUGUACGCCUAUUGGCCUCAUAUGUAUCGAAGCAUAGAGACUUACGUAUCGACGUGCCAAGUUUGUCAGAGAAAUAAGACACCAAAUAUGAACGUACCAGGACACUUACAACCUCUAGUUGUGCCGGACAAAUGUUGGCAGCAGGUCACGACGGACUUUGUUACUAAGUUCUCGAAGAGCAGGCCAGGGAAUGAUACAGUACUUGUUAUUGUUGACAGGUUGUCAAAACUCGCAAUAUUCAUCCCCACUAAUGAAAACGUUAAGGCCACUACAGUAUACCAGCUAUUUCAGGAUCAUAUGUUUUCUAAGCAUGGAGUUCCACUAUGUAUCAUUUCAGACAGAGACCCUAAGUUUAAUUCUAAGUAUUGGAAGUCUCUGGCCGAGCUCACAAACGUAAGCCUCAACAUGUCAACGCGUGACCACCCCCAAACUGAUGGUCAAUCAGAGGACAUGAUAAGGACACUUUCAAACAUGAUAAGAGGGUUCAUUCAGAAGGCACCACAGGAUUGGGACACAGUGCUCAGUUGUUUGGAGUAUGAAUACAAUUGUGCUAAGCACAAGACUACAGAGUUAGCCCCCUUCGAAAUCGAUGUUGGUCGGGUACCGGGAACCCCAUUUACAAGGUCUCGACGGCCUGUCGGAGCACAGUAUGAAGCUGCAAUUCAGAAUGUUGAACGGCGCAAAGCGUUCACAACAAUAGCUCGGGACAACAUCGCCCACGCACGGGCAGACGAGAAGCAUUAUGCUGACAAGAAGAGAAGAGAUGUUCAGUUUGAGGUGGGUGAUCUAUACUUAGGACCACUGUCAGUUCUGGAGGUUAAAGGGCCAGUGACGUACCGAAUCGAACUUCCCCCAUCCUUAAAACGUGCCCAUAACGUUUUCCAUGUUUCCAAGCUAAAGAAGUACCAACAGCAAGAGGGACAAAAUAACAUGGAAGUAAUCAUCGAUGGAGACGGUACUGUACAAGAGGAAGUGCAGGAAAUUAUGGAUAAGAAGAAGGAAGAUAAUGCAAUUUGGUACUUAGUUCGAUUUUAUGGUGAUGAGGAGAGUGAAGCCAUUUGGAUGCCGAAGCAAGAUCUUAGAAAUUACAUGGACCUGGUCAAUGAAUAUGAAAGGGCUAGGAAAAAAUUGACGCGGUCGUCGAAUUCAAAAAGUGGGCGAGUGAAAGAUCGUGGGUGCCCCCACUCUCGGAAGAUACCGCCCGCUUACGGGUGUCUCGUGAUGGACUUUGAAUACAAAUACAGGAACGGUCGCCGCGGCAUAUUUUUGUAUUCAGUUUCGUGUCAAGGUUCACAUGUCUCGAGAGGCUGUGAACAGUAUAAGAUAGAGGUGAACCUCGAAAUGGGAUAA